AUGUCGCUGCCACCCAACGUCAUCCGCGUCAAGCGCAAGCGGGUGGAGGAAUCGCCCGUCACCUUUCUGCAAAUCGACGAAAGCGCCAAGCGACACCGCAGCGACAGCAGCCACUGGGUCUACCAGCGACGAGGCUCAACGGCGCAGCGCCCACCGAAGCCUUCUCCCCUCGGCGGCGAUGCGAAGCCGCAGAUACAGCUCUCGACGAUCGAAGACAAUGCGGCACAGGGAAAUGGAGCGUCCCAGUCAAAACAAGAUCAUGAUAAAUUGACGUUGCCGCCGUCGGAGCCGCGCCGCUUCCGCGUGUCCAAGGCCAUGCUGGCCGCCGCUGCUGCCAAUGGUGGCGCUGCAGGCUCGGUCUCAAAGAGAGAUCGCUAUGGCACGCCGACGCUGUUUGUGGAACGCUCGCGGCGUAAGAAGCUCGCCCCCAAGCCGCGUCGCAGCAUGCUGGGGCUGCAAGGCCUCGACGGCGAGGCGACUGCUGCUGAGGAGAGCAAGGAGCUUGAGGCCAGACCCCUCAAGCGGCCUGGCGUCGCAAGACGACCUCGUGAGGCGGCCAAAACGGCGAAGCCUUCCACCGAAGGUGCAGCAGCACCAAAGCCAAAUGCGACCCAUGCUGGCGCUGCGAACCCCCUCCCAGUAUCCCUGACGAACCGCGCCACCGAGGACAUGAGUCAGAUCACCGCCGACAUGAACGAAUGGGUCAUGCGCGAGAUGGGCGCGAGCCUGCAGAACAUGGAGGACGAGUGCCAAAGGGAAGCGAAACCGCCUGCGUCACCGUCGCGGUUCAAGCCCAAGGCCCCGGCGAAGCGCUACCACGAGCGCCACCCAGAAGUGCCAGCUCCGGGCAGUACGGCUAUGGACGUCGAGGGCGACACCAACAUGACGGACGCGAGCGAGGAGGAAGACGGCAACGACGAUGAUUGGGUGAUUGAGGAGUACAUCCGCAUCCCGGCGAAUUCGGUGGCGCUGGACGUCACCGCGCCGUCGGACGUUGGCUUCCUGGUGCUCGACGGCGAGGAGGAGAGCCUUCUCUUCUUUGGGCCGCAAAACGACGACGACGACGACUGGAACGAGGACGAAGAAGACGAAAAUGGUAUGUUCAACAUGCCGCGUGCUUUUGAGAUUUAUGAAUACAGAAUUACAGAAGAGGUUUGGAAAAAGCUAACACCCUUUGUCUGCACACCAGCCGAGAACCACUACACGGCGGAUUACCCCGAAGACGAGGUCGAUUCCGAGGACGAGUUCAACAGGAACGCAUACUACUUUCGGAACAGAAACGCGUCGGAUGACGAAGAGUAUGAUCAGGACGAGUUUGAUGUGGAUGACGACGACGAUGCGCACAGCGCGGAUGGGAGGCCGAAUGAUGAUGAUGCGCGCAUGACGAGGAUUCUGGAGCAGAUGAAGAAGCUGAAAGCAUCUCAGAGGUGA